ACAGCAUCGUCAGAGCAGACAGGUGAUCAGAAAACCGAAACUACUGCAAAAAAACCAGUGACUACUUUUAAUGGGAUGGCUUGAACCAGUCAGUGACAGUCACAUUAAGAGAAAUAACUUGAGACGGAGACGCCAUGGCCUGUGCUCGAGUGCCACUGGAUGAGCAGCAGGUGACUGAGCCUGGUCCGCUGGGGAAAGACCGCACACUGCCUGCACUGCACCCAGAGAGGAAGGAGGAGCGAUACUUUGUGCCUUAUAAACCUCUACCAGAAGACAGCUCUGCCGCUAAGGCGGAGGAGUUUUUGGAAAACACCAGAUUCAUCACGGAGGAUCUGGAGUGGCUGCUCGCUCUGCCUCACGAUAAGUUUUGGUGUCAGGUGGUUUUUGACGAGUCCCUGCAAAGGUGUUUGGACUCGUACCUGCAUCAUGCUCCUCGUGGCCUCGACAUCGGCGCUCUGCCCUCGUCUCCGGCCGUGGCUGAGAUGCAGCGCUCCGUUCACAGGAUGGUGUUUCUGACCUUCCUCAGGAUGGCCACGCAUAAAGAAUCAAAGGAGAACUUCAUCACCCCGGUUGUGUUUGGAGAAAUUAUCUACGACAACUUUCUUUUCGACAUUCCCAAAAUUUUGGAUCUUUGUAUGUUAUUUGGAAAAGGCAACAGCCAGCUGCUGCAUAAGAUGAUAGAGAACAUCUUUACGCAGCAGCCGUCCUACUAUAACGACUUGGAUGAGACGGUACCCACUGUGUUAGAGGUGUUCGACACCAUCCUGGGCAGGUGCGGUCUCCAGUGUGAAGGAGCCGUUGCCAUGGAGCCGAUGAAGCUUAACGCACACAAACAGCCAACUGCCAUGACCAUGAGCCAGCAGGAACUUGUAGAUAUUAUUUUGUACCUGUGUGACUCGACCACCACCAUUCAUGCCUUCCUGGACAUCUUCCCUGCCGCCUGCUCCAGCUUCCACUCCCACAGCUUCCUCGACAGAUUGACCUCGUUUUAUGAGACCGCUGUGCCUGAUCUUGAGAAGGUCUUGAGGAAGAGAAACUUUGAUGAUAAAGGUCUUCAUGAUGACGUGUGGAAGCGGUUAUCUCACUCCUGUCGGAAGAUGGUGGAGACGGCUCACCUGGUGCUGCAUCACAUCUGCCUGCAGCCCAUCCUGGAGGGCGGAGAAAACAUGCAAUCGUUUGCAGAGGAGCUCCUUCAACAUUUCACGUCUUUUUUACCAGAGAAGAGGUUCUUGUCAGACUAUGACGAGCAGUUCCCCAUCGCAGACGACAUCAGCCUCCUACAGCAGGCGUUCCCCGUCAUCGAUGAGACCAGGACGUCCUACCUGCUGGAGGGGGUCCAGAGCGCCUGGGACAGCGUGGGCCGACGGAAACCUCAGAGCCACAAUCAGCUGAGGGCGUCCUCGGCGUUUGAUGGAGCGGUGGCGGGCGCUUCCUCUUCAGCCGGUUUUCAUGAGGUCAGAGAACCAGCAGAAGGAGGGGAGAGCCUGAGGGGAGCAGAGGCCAUGCUGGAUGUCCCCCGAAAAGGAAAUAAUGGAGCGGUGUGUGAUGUGAGCGAGGCGGAGCUGGAGUCCCUGCUGACGUGUAUCAGAGACCUGCUGCCUGAUCUAGGCGAAGGCUUCCUGAUGGCCUGUCUGCAGGAGUACAACUACAACUCAGAGCUGGUCAUCAACAACAUCCUGGAGGACCGUCUGGCCCCAAACCUGGACAAACUGGACCGAGCCAUGCCGAGGCCAGUGAAGGAGGAGCUUCCAGACCUUCUGGGCACCAGAUCCAACGUGUUUGACGACGACGAGUUCGACAUCUUCCGCAGGGAUCAGGUGGACAUGUCUCGUAUCUGGAAGGGCAGGAGGAAAGGUGAGAACGCUCGAGAGAUGCUGGAUGACAAGCAGCACAUAGCGGAGCAGAAAGCUCGUUACCAGUCCUACGAGACGGUGGUGGACGUGGUCGAAGUCGAGCCCGGCGAAAGCGCGGCCAGCUACGGCCUGGAAGACUACGACGACGAGUACGAUGACACCUACGACAUGAACCAGGUGGGAGCCAACGACCUGGACGGAGACAGUCUGCUCAACAGAAGGCCUUUUACAGUCCCUCAGGUUUUAAGAAAAGUAAACAAACACGAGGAAGUGGAGGAAGGUGAAGACGAGGACGAAGAAGAAGAAAGUAUACCGAACAAUGUAAACCGGGACCAGUUUGUGCAGGACCCGGCUCUGCUGAGGGAGAGGGCUGAAGCCAGAAGAGCUGCCAUGCAGCAAAGAAAAGGCUUCCGGCCGGAGCGAACCAGCAACGUGGCCGGCCGGCCCAAAGGCCAGGGUCAGACUACGGAGACGUUCCUGGACCGACGCAAGAAAGAGGCCAACAAGAGCCGCGGUGCAAACCACAACCGCCGCAACAUGGCCGACCGCAAGAGGAACAAAGGCAUGAUCCCCUCCUGACCUGGGUGACGGACCCCCACCCACCCCACCCGCUGCUGCUUCAACCUGACGGGCCGGUACGAGGGAGAGAGGGGAGAGAAGUGAAGUCAUUGUUGUAGCUUGAAAAGGAAAAAGCCGACGCAGGUUUUGGUGACGAGAUGCGUUCUAGUUUUACGGACUAUCUUUAGAAAAAGCAACAUUACUGCUUUUCUCUUUUUCUUUUUUUGGUGGUGAGAAGUUGCCAAGUUGCAGCUUUACGGACAAUUUAAGACACUUGAAACAUCUGCUUUUAAUGUUUGAGUCUGAAGGAUUUUCAGUUCUUUAACUCAAAUCAUUUUCUUUUUAUAGUUUAUUGGGAAAAAAACAACAACAACCAAAGUUAAGAGUGUGAAGCAGAGACUGAGGACAAAGAAUUAUAACACGUUUUUCUUUUCUUUUGCCAAGUAACAAAUCAGUUUAUUAUUAUUCUUAUUAUUAUUAAGAUCCAGAGUGAUUUCAUAAGUUUCUUUGACAUCAUCAUCAUCAUCAUCAUCAGAUAAAACAACAUAGGAAUAAGAGGAAGAAAAUAUCCACGUGUGGUUUUUUUGUUGUUUUUUUUUGGAGAACUGGUUCCUUCAUGUAGCUGGAAGAACAAUUUACCGACCUGGUGAUCAAGUCUGGACGUCAGCGGGGUUAAAAAGCCGCUCGCACGUUAACGUUUGAGUGCAUGCACGUGACGUCAUCCACACACACACACGUUCACGCCACUGUCGUCCAGUGUUCGCAAAAAAUAUACCAACAACAAUAAAAAUUAAAAAAACACAAAAGUCGUCUAGCAAAAGAAAUCCGCUCUGUGACCAUCCCAUCUCAUUACGAAGCUUUUGUGUUUUUUUUUGGAAGCACGUACAGCAGCAGGACUCUCCUACAUGUCGCCAUGCACACACUGUUUUCUAUGGAGGAGACGGAUCUAUCGGAGCAUUUUGUAACAAACAAAACAAAAACAAAGAAGCACAUGUAAUACCUUUUUUUUUUUUUUGGAGUUGACAUUGAAAAAAAAAGAAUAGAAACCAACAUAAAAUAAA